ACGUGAGUGAAACACUUGUAUGUUUAUAUAAAUAAACAACAAAAAAAACCGCACCCACAUUGCAUGUAUUCGUACUCGCAUGUUCAACAGUAAUUACAAAAAAGCUUCAUCUUUUAUCAUUAUCCACCGCAUCUACAAAAGCAUAAAAAAAAUUUUUUUCAUCUAAAUAAUACUCCAAAGAAUGAAUACAAAAGACUUGAAGACAUUAAAGGAUCACCAAUGCGCUUGACAUCUAUCAAAGAACUUGGUAUCAUGGCAACUGAUCAACUCUGACAUCAUAUCACCAUUGAGUCACUUGUAUUGUUCACCUGUUAAGAAUGCCCAGUGACCGUACCUGCAAUUUUAAAUUAAAGUGACUCGUUUACUUUUUUAUUAAUCAAUUUUUAUUUAUUUACUAACUGAAGAUUAAAUUUAAAAAAAAUGUUUAUUUACUUGUUGAUUACUGGUCUCUGCUGUUUUAUUGACUUAACAUUUGCUGGCGAAUAUAUCGGAUGUUUCAAAAGCCCUCAAGAGUCCGAUGAACCUCUGGUGGUAUUAUCAAGUCCACAUCCUCCAGAGGUUUGUAUCAAAGAAUGCCGCAGUCGUUAUUACAAGUUCGCAGGCUUAAUGAAAGGUCAGCAGUGCUACUGCAUGAGUGUUUACGGUCGCAAUGGACCAUCAAGUGGCUGUACCACUCCUUGUCUUGGUGAUGAAAAAUUAUUAUGUGGUUCUCACGAUUCCAUAAGUGUCUACAGCACUGGCCAAAAAGUUUCAAGUCCGCCAAGGGGACUCAGAGUAAUAGACAACAAGUCGACAUCACUUGACAUCAUAUGGCAACCACCAGAUAUUACCAAUGGCAACAUAACGUCUUACAUUAUUCGUGCAAUAGCACUUGAAACUCAUGCAUACUAUCCACUUCAGCCUAUGCAAUUACAAAUACAAGGUGAAUCAUCUGACAGCACAACUCUAACUAGUUUGCAGCCUGGUACUAAAUAUAAUAUAUCUAUAACAGCAGUAAAUGCUGAUGGUGAAAGCCAGCCAAAUUAUUUGACAGACUGGACUUUGAUCAGUUCACCAGAAAAACCAGAUAGACCUAAAAUAAUAAAACGAGAUGAUAAUCAAAUUUUUAUUGAAUUAACUGAGGGUAGAAGUCAGUAUGGGCCUUUGAGUUCUUAUCAAAUAAUUGUCGUCCAUCCUGGGACUAUUCCACCAGAACAAACUGAUAUUAUUUACCCAAAUUAUCAGAAAGCAAUACAAGAUGGUAUUCCAUUUUAUGUGACUGGUGAAUUUGAAGCCGGUGAGUUUGAUAAGUAUCAACAAUUUGUAAUUGGCAAUGGUAAAAAAAUUGGGAGUUAUUAUAAUGCACCGCUGGAAAAACCUUUCGAUAGACCACAGAUUGGAGUUGUAUUGAUUUCUCGUGUGCGUAAUCAAAUAAAAUAUAGUUAUUCUGAUCUUGCAGGUCAUGCAUUAGAAUUCAAUGCCGGUUUAAAUGGACUAGCGAUUGGUCUUUAUGUCGCUAUCGCGCUGCUGAGUAUUUUAUUAAUCGUUUCUGUUACUGGUUACUUUAUUUUAAGAAAACGUCAUGAGCAAAUUCGCAUGACCAAGCUACCGGAGCAACAAGAGCUGACUCUACAGGGUCCGAUGUACGAGGUAGAUAAUAUGGCUUACAUACCGGAAGAUAUUCCAGAACGUCCAAAUCAUUAUCAGGAUUUAAAGUCAAAAGUAUGGAGUAUUCCGAAAAAUUUUUUGACCAUAGAGCCGACAGUUGUACGCCGCGGAAGGUUUGGUAACAUCCACAUGGGAACUGUUCAAGAUAAGGAUGGCAAUUCUUCGAGAGCUUUGAUCCACUCGAUAGCUGACAAAAAUUUACGGGCUUCUGAUAAACGUCACAUGCUGAGGGAUCUUGAUGUCUGCAUAAAAGCCGGAAAGAUGAAUUACCUGGCAAGCUUUGUUGGAAAUUGUGAGACACCUGAUGUACUUUAUGUUGUUCAAGAAGCACCGGCUCAAAAUUUAAAGCUGAGAUUACUUGCCGCUAGAUCGGGUGAUGUUUUUCCAUAUGAAUUUAUUCUCACAAUCGGGUCAUCGAUUGCCACUGGAUUAAAUUAUCUUGAUGCGCAUAAAAUAAUUCAUUCACAUUUGUGUGCACGAAGUAUUGGACUCACUGAUGACCUGGUACCAAAGAUCAUGGGGUUCGGUAUCGGUAAACAUGCUCUAGAAGAUUUAAAACUUGCGCGCUGGACUGCGCCUGAAAGAUUCGGUCAUAAGAAACACAAUCCUGCGGUCGUCUGGUCUUUUGCUGUCGUCGUUUGGGAGAUGAUGAGCAUGGGCGGUACUCCGUACCAUGACUUGGAGGACGAGAGUGACGUCGAAGAAGCUGUUGUUGAAAAAAAUACCCGACUACCUCAGCUACGCGAUAUGCCUGAUCCUCUCUACGAAGUUUUGUUGUCCUGCUGGAAUGAUAAUCCUGACGAGCGUCCGACUUUUGAUGAACUCAGUCGAUUGAAUACAUUGAGCAUUUGUCCCAUCACUGCCAUUACGGAGCCUUAUUUACCAGAACUGGAAUUAAAUAACUAAGCAAAUCCUAGUGUUUCCAUUGUGACUUAAAAUUUUUAUGAACAAAAGAACAAUUCUGCAUUUAUAUAUAUACAUAUAUAUUUAUAUUAUAUUACACAACUCGUUUUUAUAAGGUCGUAAACUUUAAUGCAUAGUUACCGUUUACAAAAGCGAUUGACGCAAUUUUUAUUAUUUUUAUAUAUAUUUUUCAGCUACUUACGUAUCAUAAAUACGUACAGCUCAACUUUCCGUCCAGAUUUUACUUAAUUUUUUUUUUUAUACUAGUUUUACUUAUUUUUGUUAUUUUUUAAUUAAUGAUAUUAUAGAUUAGAUCUGAUUUUAAAGAUUAGUUUUAUAAUUUUUUACUUUUUUUUUUUUUUUUUUUAUCAAUUGAGGAUAUUCUCAGACAGUGCCCCCACUUUUUGAAAAUAUUCAAUGACCUUGAAGUGUCAUAAAAGUAUUAAAAUGUUAUUAAUUAAUUUCAAAAAAAUUAAAAUAUUAAUUGAAAAAAGGACAACGUAGUUACAAUUUUGCUAAGAUAUAGAUUUAAAGAAAAAAUACUCAUAGUUGUUAUAAAUUAGGAGCUAAGUGAAAGCCCUUAUACCCUCUCAGUACCGUUAAUCGCUUACUUUAACUGUUUGAUGUGUUUUUUAUAAUUUUUAUAAAAAAAAAUUACAACUAAAAAUGUUAUUAUUGAUAAAUAAUUUUUUGUGAAUUUAAAUAUAGAAAAUAUGAUGUAUCGAAUUGUUUUGUAUUAGACUAUAAAUUUAAAUUAAAUGACUGUUUUCAGAAUCGCGCUUAGCCGGGCGUUUUUACUUUAACGUUCAUUCGUUAGAUUAAAUUUAGGUUACGUCAAAUUUUUUUAAUAAUUGUUAUAACUAUAUCUUAUUAAAUACAUUUUUAAAAUUCAUGAAAUUUUGUAUUAUGCAAGAAUAAAGUAGUAUAAUUUAUAAAUUAUUUUCCAAAUCAAUAAACUUAUCAUAGUUUAAUUGAUAUUGUCUUUGAGCAACUAUGGGCCAUGUGUUGAUCGAGUAAUGGUACAUGACAACUUUUAGUGAGCGACUAUGAGUACACUCACGGACCUUAUUUAAAAAAUUAAUAAUAAUUAAUUAUCAACAUUAUUUUUCAAACUAAAAUUUUAUUCUAAUACUUAAAACUACAAAAAAUAACUAUAAAAUGAAAAUAUGGUUUUUUAUUUUAUUUAAUCAUAUAUAUUGAGUGAUUUAAUCUGACUCUAAUAAAAAGUGAGCGGAUAUAAGGGCUUUUACCUGAAUUGAAAAAAAAUUUUCAACGAAAACAUCAAAAAUAUGUAUUUUUGCAUUUUAUAAGUUGAAUUUACUCAUAGAAAAUCAAACUUUCACAAAUUUAUAAAUUCAUAUCCUUAAAUACGCUGAAAAGAAGAUUAUUUAAAAAAAAAAAAAUUGAUCGCAUAAUUUUUCGAUUUUUUAUUGCCAAAAUUAAGUGGAGCCGUGAUUGUAAACAAUUAUAAUUUUAAUACGGUCAUUACAAUUUAAAGUCAUUUUAUAUUUUUAAAAAAUGGGGGUGGGGUGAAUGGGUUUGAGAGUGACCUUAAAAAUCGAUCAAGAUUUAUUACUGAGUUUAUUUUAUUUAGAUACUUUGCUUUAACCACCGGAUUUAAAAAAGCUUAAACAUAAAUCUAGGCAUCCACCAAAGUACAAAUAAAAUUAAAUUAGUAUAUAAAUUAAAAUAACAAUCUCGCCUGAUGCUUUAGAUCAAAUAAAUUUAUAUAAAAAUUCAAAAGUUAUAGUAAUGAGGAUUUAUUAAUUAUUAACAAAUAAAUAUUUUAAAUAAAAUUAUUAUUUUUAUUUUAUCAAUAUAUAAUACAUAAUAAAUAUCACAUUAAUUUAUAUUAAUUAAAUAUUUAAUUUAAAUCGUUAGUACUUAAAAUAAUAAUAAUAACUAUUCAAAAGACUUAUAUCAUAAGUGAUAUAUAUUUUUAAAUUUAUACAGUUUAAUAAAAAAAUAAUAUUAUAAUUAGUGAGUAUAGUACUUAAUGCUUAAUUAUAAAUAUAAACCAAACAGAACAAACAUUUAUAAAAAAAUUUUUGUUUUAAAUUUAUUCCGGUUAAUCGGAUAUUUAAAAAAACAGAUAAAGUAAUUUUUGUAACUUUUGUAAUUAAAUUAUUGAACGUGAUAUAUAUUUUGAAAUCACUUGUUAAAAAGCUUAUGGGCAUUUCAUGUCCAAUCGGACGUUUAAACAAUUUUAUUUUUUUCAUUUUUUGUUAUUUUGUAGACCCAUCAAAAAACUUUUCUUGGUAAAUUUUGAUAUUUUCAAUGACCCUUUCAAAAAUUUUUUUGGUUUUUUAUCAUAACUUCGUUCAUAAUGGUCAAAAUAAAAAAUUUUUAUGACUAUUUAUCAUUUUUCUAAUUCUUCUAAGUAGUUUUUACAAUUUUUUACUGUAAACAGGUGUUUGAAAAUAAUAAUUAGUCGUUAAGUCUGUUUAUAACCAGUGGUGAAAAAACAUCUGUCUACAUUGAAAAAUUAUAAAAACUACUUCAAAGAAUUAGAAAAAUAACAAAUAGUGACUAAAUUUGGUAUUCAUAAUAAUUAAUAGAGAAAACAAUAUUUUUUAAAUUUUCAAAAAUUUAAAAUAUCAUGAACUUUGAAAAAAAAAAUUAAAAACUUAAAAAUCACAUAGAAUCAUUUUCGAAAGACUUGUUCAUAUUUUUUUCUACAAAGUACAUAAAAAAAUAAAAUUUACAAAAAAACCUUUAAUUUAGACCAUUAUCAAAAAAGUUAUGAUCAAAAACAAAAAAAAAGAAUUCUUUGAAUGGUUCAUUGAAAGAAUCUUAAAAUUUACCAGGAAGAUUUUUUUUAUGGGUGCUACAAAAUAUCAAAACAAUAAAUAAAAAAUAGCAUUUUUCAUCUGUCAUAUUUAGCAUGAAAUGCCCCAUAUAUAUGUAUAUAAAAUAAUAAAAAUAAAGAGAUGUAUAAAAAUUUAA